AUGGGACAGAAGAAAACAACUACUUUUGCAUAUAUCAAAGAAAGGCUAGGGGGAAAAUUGAAGCAUUGGCAAGGUAAGCUACUUAGUGAGGCAGGCAAGGAUAUUUUGAUCCGAGUGGUGGCACAAGCACUUCCUAAUUAUGCAAUUAGUGUGUUUCAACUCACAAAGAACUUUUGUGAAGAUCUUCAGCAAAUGUGUGCACGUUUUCGGUGGGGAAGUAUCACAGAUCAAAAGAAAAUUCAUUGGAAGAAAUGGGAUGAUUUGUGUCAUGCCAAAGAAGUUGGUGGUUUGGGGUUCAGAAGUUUCUCUGAGUUUAAUAUGUCCAUGCUUUCUAAACAAGCGUGGCGUGUGGUUUCUAAUCCUGAAACUUUGAUUGCACAACUUUAUAAGGCCCGAUACUUCCCAGACGGCUCUUUUUGGAAUGCAACGGAGCAUGCAUCUCCUUCAUAUUCUUGGCGUAGCAUUUUUGCUACUAGGGAUCUGCUGAGAGAUGGGUCUAUUUGGCAAAUUAGGGAUGGUGUUAGUGUUUCUGUAGUGAAUGAUUCAUGGAUUCCUUCUUUGCCCUCUCAUAAACCGCAGGUUAUUACUGCUAACCAGCAUGAUGUGGUGCUCGUAAGUGAUAUUAUUGUGGCACCUAACGUGUGGAAUGAAGAGAAGGUGUAA